AGCACCUGACUGCGAAAUUCUGCCGGCAUAUGCAUAGUUCUAGUUGCCAGCGUAAUCGCCCACCAUCUCGUACAGUACAUGCGUGCAUGUACAUUUGUACAUGUACUUUACGUACUGUAUGACACAUGCUAUCAUCAGCUGGCUGAUAAGUGAUUUGACGUGUACAUGUACGUGGAAUGCUACCGACAACCCUUUUAUAAAUUUUCCGUACAUUGUGAUGACAAAUGUACAGAGCAUUAUACUUGAACCCUGAUCCUUUGUGUGGAAGUAGUCUCUGCAUUUCUUCUGCUUGCUGCUCGAACUAGCUUCAAAGCCGUAUACAGUGGAUAGUAUUCAUUUUUUUUGUGUUGAAACUUCGCCAGUUUUGGUCUUGGUUGGACUUGGAGUCUUGACACAUUUCACCCGUUCAUCACGCGCGAGUUCGUAUGGAUAUCGGUGCAGUUCGUGUCGCAGACGACGAGGAUUUCAAGGCGUUUCGUCGGCUGGCAGACGGCGUAGAGGGAUGGUGCAAGAAGUAUGAUAAGAACGGGAUUAAAGUAUGGUUGCAAAGCAGCGUUGACACAGAAACAAGAAUACGACUUCUGAAGGUUUACAAAACACUGCACGAUGUGAGUGCAGCAACAGCGUACGAUGUGCUCCAUGAUGCCGUGUACAGGAAAAAGUGGGACCGCACCAUGGUCGAAGGUUUUGAAUUGUGCAAAGUCAACUGGACCAAUGACAUCAGUUAUUAUCAAAUGAAGUGUCCGCCACCCUUGAAGAACAGAGACUUUGUGAUGCAGAGAACGUGGUUAGACACAGGCAUGGAGUACAUCAUUUUUAAUCAUUCCAUUUUUCACAAGAAAAUACCACCCAAGAAAGGCGUCAUCAGGGGUUACUCAUAUCUGACUGGCUACCUUGUACGACCAAGAGGAGCCAAUGCCUGCGAGAUAACCUAUGUAACAAAAUCAGAUCCCAAAGGUUCUAUCCCAACAUGGGCUAUCAAUAAAUUAGCUCACAUUUUGGCUCCAAAGGUUAUUGAUAGACUUCACCAGGCUUGUCGAGACUACCCCAAGUGGAAGAGCAAACAUGAUCCCCGGUACAAGCCCUGGCUCUACCCAGAACAGAUGUCCCUGCCUCCCCUGGACCCCAACGACUUGCUGAGCAAGGAAGAGUGCAUUUCGGACAAUUCACUAGAUGAGAGUGACCUCAAAGAGGAGGACUUUAAAGAUGAUGAUUUGCAAGAUGGAGACUUUUGAUGCUGUCACAGAGAAGCUUUUUACUGAUCCCAGGCAAUCCAAAUUUGAACCAAAAAAGGGGAGCGAGUGUCUUCAAUUUAGUGGGGUAUUUUUAUACUUAAAAGGUAACUUAACGUCCUGUUGCAGAGGAAUUCUGAGAGAAGUAAUGAAUGAAUUAAUUAAUUUUAAAUUGCCAAUUAAUAAGGCUUCCAAUCAGUAGCUAUGUGGAAAUUUAUAAUGAGUAAAUUAUGUGUAGUUGUCAGUAGCUUGUAUUUUAUGUGUAGCCAGGCCCGUGCCUAGAAUAUCAAGUGGGAUGAAAGGAGAUGUUGGCUUAAGACACAUGAUGCUCAUAGAUGUAUUAGCCAAGCUACUUGAUGAGCAGAAUGCUUAAGGGCCUUACCGGUCGAGAUUUUUUCAUUUCAAGUCUGUUGGCUAAACCUAACUGUCACUGGUACUCCGCAUUGACCCCCCAAAUGCAAACCGAUAGCCACUAUGUAUAUACACAAGGACAACUGUACUUACCUUUGUUGCAAGGUCACAUGUUCACAGUACCAUCGCCAGUGUGCGCAUGAAGUUAGCCAGCGUUCUUGUUUAGGCUUGUAUAGAGGGUACGCGUAGGUGUACAGGAAUCUGACCAAUUAAGUUGGUGCUCUCAAAAGUAUCCGCCUUGAGCAGAAGUGCACCCCCAAUUGGCAAAAAGAAAGACAGGUGGUUACAAGCAGGUUCUUGCAGGCAUUCUGCGUGUACACAAAGACCAUACAUGCCGGAAUAAAUUAGUUACACGUACUCAGCGUGCUCUGGGUCAAAUGUGCAUAGACUUGCGCACCUCAUGGAGGGCCUAUGCAGUGAGUACCAAAAAACAUGCCCUCUUUUGUUCCACACGGAGCGGAUUGCAGUUUAUUGUUAUCCACGUAACCAUUUCAGAAAAAUGGUUACUGGCCAGUUACAAGUAUAUGAUGUAGUGCCUUAAGCACCAGUCCCAAUGGAUACAUACACUAUUUUACUAUAAUUCUUGAACUCGGGAAUGCAUUCAUGUGUACGUGUGAUAUGUUUUAGCACGUGACAUACAUGUAUUGCAACAUUUCCUUUAUAUGUUGGAUGAUUGAAAAUUCUAGGAUAAGAAAGGAAUCAACUUUUUUGGAAACUGUGGAUUUAUGUGUAGCUCUGGCUUUUUUUUAGAACCUUGAAAUAGCUUUACGUCAUCCACAGUGAUAUUGCACAAGAUGUGGUGUUCAUCCGUUUAGUAGUUGGACCAAACUUGACCAAGAAGAGUCUAGACAUUUUUGUGCGAAACAUGUGAAAAUGCUUCAUUGAAAGUACACAAAAGAUGGAGAGUAUUUUGGUAAGUUCCUUUCAGGGGUUCAGGCAUAGCAUCAAGGCAUAACCUGAAACCACAAAUUUGUUGAGGGGCUACGGCGCAUGCCAUUUUGUGUCUCAGUACAGCCUGGAUUUUCUGUUCAUUUGUGUACUCUGAAAACUCAAUCACACUACUUAAAUUGGAACCUUUCCUUUGAAAACGUUCCUCAUCUGUAAUAGGAUACCUCAUUCAAUUCACCUGCUGGCGUAGGGGUAUGUGUACAGUGCGUAGCUUUGGACAAAGGAAAUCUGUGACAGACUUCUGAACUGGUACAGGACGCCUGAGAAGCUUUAGACGCUGCAUUUCAAUUCAAGAUUGUGGGAACCUGUUGAAAUGGGAUGAAUGUUGGAUUUAGAACUUGUCGUGAACAUCGAAAAGGGAUGAAUGUUGGAUUCAGAACUUGUCAUGAACAGUAUGUUUUCUUUUGUUGAAAAAAGUUCAGAACUCUCAGGCAGUCAUGGUCAUGCUGACUAAGAAUUUAAAAUAAACUCCAUGAAAGUAAAUGUAGAUGUAUCGUGUUUGUGGCUUUCAAUAUCUCCCCAGAAUACCUUGGGAAAUCAUCAAAAUUACUCAUUAACCUGUUACCUUGAAUUAUCAAGGUAGGUCUAUAAAGAUGUAUAUAGGUCAUUUGAUUGGAACACAAGUUCAAGUGUCCUUGAGCCAAAUGUACAGUAUCAUGAUAAACAGGAUUGUGAAAGGUGAACAGACCAAGCAAUAAUGAAUAUGGAAACCAUUUAUUUUGUGCAAAAAGUGUUUUCAAGCGUGGGUUCUUGAGAGUGGUAUUAAGUGUGUUGGAUCAAAUUCAUACAAGAUGAACGUUGGACCAUCAUGCAGUACCUGCAAGUACCAGUACAUGUAAUUUUUAUUUUCAUACUUAUUUAUUAGAUUAACGUCCUGAACAGUUCUUGCUUUGAACAUUCCCAAAUCAAUCGAGUCCAGCUCUCUGUGGCAGUCAUGUAUCGUCACGUUUCAUGAAGAGACACACUGAUGAUAUACAUAACACGUAAUACAUAAAAGACCUUGUUUGUACAUGUACUUAAAAUAUGAACAUAGAUUGUACAUGAACUAGGCACUGGAUGUUGGAGGAAAGGAGCAGGUGGGUGGGAAGACCAUUUUGUAUGUCAGUUCAAUUAUCAUUAGCUGAAGAUGGUUCCUAGAGGAUUUCAGUGUAGGUUUAAUAAAGUGAUGGUCACACCGUAGUAAGUUUGUUAAAAAAAAAAAAACACCAAGAUUGACUGUCGGAAUUGGAUUUUGCUGUAUUUAUAUGAAUAACUCU